AUGCCCGGCCCUGUUGAAAGAUGGCUGGAGACCUUUAUGUGUAAACAAUAUGCCGACACUUUUGAAGCAUAUGGAUUUAAAACACUGCAGUCCGUAUGUCAGCUACAGCAUCCUCAACUCCAAGCUAUGGGUGUUGCGCAGGAACACUGUGAGAAGAUUUUAGAGAAUGUGCAUGUAUUAAGACAGACUUUAUAUGGGCAACUAAAUCAGAAUCAUUACCAUGAAGAGAUGUAUCCCCCUGGAGGAGGAGGGCGUAUGCCUGGGGGUGGAACUGGCCCCACAAGCUAUCAAGGCCAAAACUCACAACCAAUGCCAUCAAUGCCACAACAGAACAUUGCCAACUACCAGAACCAAGGGACUGGAAACUAUGACAACAGGAGUCAGAGGGUGCCAAGCAUGCAUGGGCAGUAUUCCGAUGGUAUGUACAGCCGCGGACACAACCAAACAGCUCAACACUAUAUGGCUCAAUCCUAUGGGGGACUACCAGGAUCGGGAUCGGUUAGUCAGGGACCUUAUGGCCAAGGUCAGUACAGUCAGAUGUCCAGUGGAUAUGGACCUAUGACAAGUGGUCGAAAUUAUGGAUCAGGUAGUAUGCCACACUCAGGACGCCAGCAGCAGCAACAACAACAACAGCAGCAGAAUCAUCAACAACAGGCACAGACACAACAACAGAGUGGCCACGUUCCAUCCCACAUGAUGCACAGUGGUGGCCAGGUACAAAGUCCACAGGAUGUGGCUAAUUCCAUCCUUCAAAUGACGGCAGCCUAUCAACCUAAUCAGACUGUGCAAGUUCCAUUGUCCAAAAACCGCCAUGCGCCAUACCAUGUGCCGAACUCCCCUCACUAUGCCAUGCCUAGCCAGGGCAGCAGUCCCACUCACCAGCAACAACAACAUUUACAGGGGCCACAAGGGGGGCAUCAAUUUAUGUACCCAAGCUCCUCCCCUCAUCACUCACACCCUUCCAGGACUUCACCCAUUAGCCCUAGCCCUGGUUACAUUCACAGUCCUGCCUCUCAUCACAGUAACCAAAGUCUGCCUAACUCCAGUCCACGUUCCAUACAGAGUCCAACCCAACACCCUGCCAGUGCAGGGGGCAGCGUGAAAUCUCCUGUACCACCACAAUCCCCAAUAGGGGGCCUCAAGUCACCAUGUACCAUGCAGUCGCCAAUGAAUGCUGGACAGAGCAUAUGCUCUCCAACUCCUGUAAACCAGCAGCUGCAUGUCUCUGUGUCCAGUCAAAACCUUAUGCCAUAUACAGGACAGUCACCAACACAACAGAAGAACCUCAGCUGUUACUCUCCUAAAACAAACCCAAUCAGCCCACCUGCUAGUCAGAUUAGCUCUCCUUUCACACCACUGUCCAAAUCUUCCAUUCACAGUCCCCCACAGCAAGACCCGUAUACCAGCCCCCACCCCACCAGGGAAUACAUUAGUGAUGGUUCCCAGGACCCUAGGGACCAGGGACCUGCUACAGGAGGGAACAAUCCCCUCUUGUCACUACAGAAGUUGUGCAUGCUGCCUGAGAAGCAAGUGAUCGAUCCAAAAAGUGUAGUUAACGAUGCAUGUCUUCCUUCACCACAAUCACGUGACAACUCAAAAAACUUGGAAACCAAUGCUGACUCUCAGGGUUCAGGAGGUCCAGGCAGUUCCCAGAGUGACAGUAGAUGUGGGUCAGCAUUGGGUUCAAAUCAGUCCAGUCAGUGUGUUGAUGGCAAGCAUUGUAAUGAGAAAGAUCAGAAUUCUGCUACGACCACUGAAGAAGUGAAACCUCCACCAUGUGAUAAAGACAGUCAAUGCUCAGGUGAUUCUGAAAUCUCCAAGGACAAAGGACCAGAUGCCAAAGACAGUGAUAAAGAGAGCGUUCAUUCUUCUUGUCCCCUUGGUGACCAACCAAAUUCCCCUCCCCCUCUCAUAGCCAAUUCUGAUAUGAUUGGUAAACCUGAAUGUUCUGAGGAUGAAGAAAACAUGAAAGUAAACAGCCAUUUAAAGAAUAUGACGUGUCAGCAAGCUAUUGUCAAUGGUAACAUUCAAACUGACUUAACCUCGCCCUGCAUGUCACAAAAAAGUGCCCUGACUGAUGAAGUUCUUGAGGAGAUGAAAAGCCAGGAUAUUGGUGAACACCUGCUUAAACACAGGCGGUCACCCAAUAAUGUUCUAAGCAGAGCUCGGUCACUAAGCUGUGAUGUUAAGCUUGUCUAUUCUGAUGAUUGUGUUCUAAAUGGUGAUGAUGGGAUCAUGGACAAAUUAAAACUUCCCAAUCAUACAAAAAAGAAAGUAAACAGCCAAACAAAUGAUACUGAGGAAGAAAUGUGCAUCAAGUUAGAGAAAUGCAGCCGUGUCUGUGAUAAACUCGAGACAAGUGAAAAUACAAGUGUUGAAUCAGCUAAGCCAUCAUCUGUGCCAUCCUCUCCUGUAGUUUCUGCUGAAAGUGAAUUUAAAAAAGACGAUGACAAUAAAUUUGAGAAUAACACAUCUGAACAAACACCAGGAGACCUAGAUUCCAAAUCAGACCUCAUUCCCACUUUUGGUAAUGGAGUAAAUUUGAAUAAAGAUAAAAGUGAAAAUCUGUCCAAAAGCAGGCUAAAUUCUAGAAGAACACAGCCUGAACGGACAAUGUCUUUGCGUGAAGUGCCUGCUCGUUUGGCCAAUAACGCUGCCUACUACAACAAUUACAGUGAUUCGGACAGCAACGAUGAUGGUAUACUCAUGGUAAGGAAGGACACAAAAGCAACAUACAGUAAAGUGUCUAGAAAUAGUUUAUUGAAUGGAAUUCAAAGUCCAGAUAUUUUAUCAUUGGAAGAUAGUUCAGAGGAAGAAGAUGAAGAUUCUAAGAUUGAACCAGAUUUUAGUUGCAGUAUUACUGACACAAAAAGCGAUAACGCGCCCUGGAAGGGCAAUACUGCAGGCAUGUCAAAUGAUGUGAGUGAUGGGGUUCACAACUCCGAUAAAUUUUCAACCAAAGAGAGCUUGUCAAAACCACUGUUAUCAGACAAGUUGUCACAUGACCCUGACUCAUUUAACGAAAACAAACACGACCUCUUAAAAAAAUCGCGAAAGGACAAACCUCUUAAGCUUAUGGAGGACUAUGUUGAUAUGGUUUCUGAUAAUGAGGAUGAGGACAAUGGACUAAAUUUUAGGAAAGUUAAAAAGAACUUUGGAACUAGAUCUUCUGGUAAUGUAAAGCCAUUUCCUGCUCGAAACAAGGUGAAAAAGUCACAAGCUGAUACAAACAGUCCUGCAAUAGUAAAAAGUUCAGAUGUACAAAUAUCAAAGAGAAAGAGGCGUCCUAGGAUGUCGCCUUUAAAGUAUGCUGGUGAUAUGUAUUACGGAGGGGACUAUAUUCUAGAUUCAGAUGAGGAAAGAGAGGUGGAAGUAAAGAGUAAAAAGACCAGAAAACCAAGUGGGAAUCCUCCCGAAAAAAAUAAAUCUGCCAAAGCUGUUGUGGUGUUAGAUUCAGAUGAGGAGUUAUCAGAGGACAAUGACAAGAGAAUUACACAGUGCAGUACUGAUUGUGUAAAAGACAACACUGCUGAGACAUUUCCUUUGGUUUCUUCCACACCUUCAUGCCCAUCUGGGGCCUCAUCAAAUCCCCAUACCACACCAGUGGUAAAAAUUGAAAAAAUCACAGAAAAUGUUCAAGCUAAUAAUAUCAAACCAAAUUGUAGUGUAAAAAAAGAAAGCCCCAAAACAAGCUGUAGUGUCAAAAAAGAGAACUCUGAGAAAAGUAGUGAUGUGUUUUCAAAUAAAUCUUCCACUACGAAAAAGCGAUGUGGGAGACGUCAAGGGUCCAGAAGUAGUAAAGGAAAACUUAAAAAAUUAGAAAAGUCUAAAAGUAGAGGAGGAUUUCAAAAUGAUGAAGACAUUGAGGAUGUCCAAAUUAAAAGAACAUUAGCCUUAAUGAAAAAGAAACAUAGAAAAAAACCAGCAGUAAACAGAGACAGCACAGUGGGUCCUUUUAUUCGGUUGGAAGGAACUAUAGACAACCCUACUAAGUGUUCAGUUGUAAACCAACUUGAAAGUGAUAUGCAAGUGGACUCAAAAUCGAGCAAGCAUAAGAAACGGUCUACAUCAGUGGCUGUGUCAACAGUGCAUAUAUCACGGCUCCCAACGGAGAAGUCUGUGAUGGUCCCGGGCAGUUCAGUGAUAGACGAAACAACCUGGGUUUGUGCUUUGUGUAAGAAACACAGUAGUUAUAAAUUUCUGGGAGAUUUAUUUGGACCCUAUUACACAGAGGGCAAUCUGCCAUUGCCAAAAGUGCAAGAGAGUCCUCUACAAGAUGGUAGUGGGAAUAAAUCUAAAAAGCGCAAGUCCGAGGACAAUACAUUCUGUGAUGGUGCUGAUAAAUCAAAGAGGUCAAAGUGCAAGAAGUCAGACUGUGGAACCUCAAGGGUUCCUAGGGAAGUGUGGGUCCAUGAGGAUUGUCUUGCUUGGGCUGAUGGGGUACUACUCAUAGGACAGAAAGUGUAUGGCUUAGAGGAGGCUACACGAAUAGCUUCAUCUAUGGUGUGUUCUGUGUGUAAGGAAUCUGGUGCUAUGAUGGGAUGUCUACAUAAGGGCUGCUCACAAAAAUAUCACUUCUAUUGUGCUAUAGAAACAGGGUGUAGUUUAGAGGAAGAGAAUUUCUCCUUGUGGUGUCCUAAACACAAGGUUAAGAAGAAGUAUAAAGGUGCCGAUUCCUCCAUGUCCAAGACAUGACACCCUGG